GGUGCGGCGGGGAGGCGGCGGCGGCGAUGGCGGCGGAGCUGCGAGCGGCGGCCGCGGGGCCCGGCCCGGCGGCUGCGGUGGCAGCAGCAGCAGCGGCAGCGCUGCCCGGCCCUAUGGCGCUGCCCGCUGCGCCUGGUGCGGCCCCGGCUCUGCCUUCACCGGCGGCGGGUGGUGGGGCGGGUCCAGGCCCAGGGGCGGGUGCGGCGACGGCGGCAGCAGCGGCGGCGGCGGGGGGAGGAGGAGGAGGUGGUUCUGGGGCGGGUGGUGCUGGGUCCGGUUCGGCCCGUGAGGGUUGGCUUUUUAAAUGGACCAACUACAUCAAAGGCUAUCAGCGCCGCUGGUUCGUACUCAGCAACGGGCUCCUCAGCUACUACCGAUCCAAAGCGGAGAUGAGGCACACCUGCCGUGGCACCAUCAACCUGGCCACGGCCAACAUCACCGUGGAGGACUCCUGCAACUUCAUCAUCUCCAACGGUGGGGCCCAGACCUACCACCUGAAGGCCAGCUCAGAGGUGGAACGGCAACGCUGGGUCACUGCCCUGGAGCUGGCCAAGGCCAAAGCUGUCAAGAUGCUCGAGGAGUCAGACGACUCCGGUGACGAGUCGGUGUCGCAGACGGACAAGACAGAGCUGCAGAGCACGCUGAGGACCUUGUCCAGCAAGGUGGAAGAUCUGAGCACCUGCAACGACCUGAUAGCCAAGCACGGCACGGCCCUGCAGCGCUCCCUCAGCGAGCUGGAGACCCUGCGGCUGCCGGCCGAGAGCACCGAGAAGAUCAAGCAGGUCAACGAGCGAGCAACCCUCUUCCGUAUCACCUCCAACGCCAUGAUCAACGCCUGCAGGGAUUUCCUGGUGCUGGCCCAGACCCACAGCAAGAAGUGGCAGAAGUCUCUGCAGCACGAACGGGACCAGCGGAUCCGGCUGGAGGAGACCCUGGAGCAGCUGGCCAAGCAGCACAACCACCUGGAGAGGGCGUUCCGGGGUGCCACCGUCCUGCCCGCCAGCGCGCCGGGCACCGGCGGCUCCGCCAAAGACCCUUGCUGUCCUGCCAAAGGUGACCUGAGCGACGAGGACGAUGACAAUGAGUUCUUUGACGCCCCGGAGAUCAUCACCAUGCCCGAGAGCAUGGGCCACAAGCGCACUGGCAGCAACAUCAGUGGCACCAGCAGUGACAUCAGCCUGGAUGAGCAGUACAAGCACCAAGUGGAGGACACCAAGAAGGAGAAGAGAACCCGCAUCCCCUACAAACCCAACUACAGCCUCAACCUGUGGAGCAUCAUGAAGAACUGUAUCGGGAAGGAGCUGUCCAAGAUCCCCAUGCCGGUCAACUUCAACGAGCCGCUGUCCAUGCUGCAGCGCUUGACGGAGGACCUGGAGUACCACGAGCUGCUGGACAGGGCAGCCAAGUGCGAGAGCUCUCUGGAGCAGCUGUGCUACGUGGCCGCCUUCACCGUCUCCUCCUACUCCACCACCGUCUUCCGCACCAGCAAACCCUUCAACCCCCUCCUGGGAGAGACCUUCGAGCUGGAUCGGCUGGAGGAGAACGGCUACCGCUCCCUCUGUGAGCAGGUGAGCCACCACCCGCCGGCCGCUGCCCACCACGCUGACUCCAAGCACGGCUGGACCCUUCGCCAGGAGAUCAAAAUCACCAGCAAGUUUCGGGGCAAAUACCUCUCCAUCAUGCCCCUGGGAACCAUCCACUGCGUCUUCCACUCCUCCGGCAACCACUACACGUGGAAGAAAGUCACCACCACCGUGCACAACAUCAUCGUGGGCAAGCUCUGGAUAGACCAGUCGGGCGAGAUCGAGAUCGUCAACCACAAGACCGGCGACAAAUGCAACCUCAAGUUUGUCCCUUACAGCUACUUCUCACGGGACGUGGCCAGGAAGGUCACCGGGGAGGUGACGGACCCCUCCGGCAAGGUUCACUUCGUCCUGUUGGGCACUUGGGACGAGAAGAUGGACUGCUACAAGGUGACGCUGGGCGCUGGGGACAACGGCGGGGAAGGGCGGCAGAGGGCCCACGAGGCUGAGGACAGCAAGGUCCUGCUGUGGAAGAGGAACCCACUCCCGAAGCAUGCAGAGAACAUGUACUACUUCUCGGAGCUGGCUCUGACCCUGAACGCCCCCGAGAGCGGCACGGCCCCCACCGACAGCCGGCGGCGCCCGGACCAGCGCCUGAUGGAGAACGGCCGCUGGGACGAGGCCAACGCCGAGAAGCAGAGGCUGGAGGAGAAGCAGAGGACCUCCCGCAAGCGGCGCGAGGCCGAAGCUGCCAGAGCCACCGAGGACGGCACUCCCUACGACCCCUACAAGCCGCUGUGGUUCGAGCGCAGGAAGGAUCCGGUGACGCAGGAGCAGGAGCACGUCUACAGGGGCGGGUACUGGGAGAGCAAAGACAGACAGGACUGGAGCUUGUGCCCGGACAUUUUCUGAG